AUGCCUGUACGCAACAACCUUCGACAAGAAGCUCGACUUGCAAUGCCCAAUUUAUUUCUUUUGCUCCAAGAAUUUGAGGGUGGCUGCUGUCAAGAAAUCUUGUCGACGAUUAUCGGUUGGUCCAAGGUCAGCCUAAAGAACACUAAGGUUGAUCUUGGUAUCAAUUUCGCUACCACGGCUCUGUCUGGGGAACCCAUGAUAUCGUUGGCAAGAUCAGGAGCCAUUAACAGCAUACCAUUCCUGUUUGGUCCUUCCGGAUUCCAUGGCUCUGUCUCGGAUAGAUGGGAAGCUAACCAAGUCCGGGCAGGGCUCCGCCAAGAAAAUGGAAAGUACCUGAAAAACAUGGAAUGGUAUCAGACCCGCUUGCGUGAAUCAGAAAUGGAACAGUUCACCUUGCGGGUAGAACGUUGUUUUUUGGCUUCUGCCAUAGCCAGCUCUUUCGUGACCAAUUUUGUGGAAAAAAGCAAGGAUACUCUCGGUGGCUCUGGGGGUGUUCAUAUCUGCCACCAAGAGUACCCCAACUACAUCAGUUGUAGGUUGGCUUUUUUGAACGAGCUGGCUUUUAAGUUCGAAGGAAAACAGAACUUGCGGUCUCUGUCCGGUGUGGCGAUGGUCUCCUUCUUGUUGAACUCCUUAAUGCAUCCUGGAAACUCGCCCAGGACGGCUGCGAAGAACUUUGGGAAGGCAAGAAGAAGCCAAAACAGCUGCCUUCUGUUUUUGAAGGAUGCCUUUGUCUUGGUCGAAGGCGAAGUCGAGUACGAUCAUGUGGUUAUUUCGACUGGUCGACCUGGUAAUCUGACGACGAGGGCAUAUGGCCAAAUCAAAAGCCCGGAGCUUCAAGAGGCUGGACGUACUUGUGUAUGGGGUGAGACUUUUCCGGACGUAGAUCGUCCAAAUGUUAGAGACUUACAUCUCCACGAUACAUCAAAGAGAAAAACCAUGGAAAUGUAUGCGCUUGCGAAGAGCGUUAUGGUUAUGUACGGUCUGCGGUUUUUUGAGAUCUUUUGA